AUGUGCCAGGAAACAAUAGAUCCCACUGAUAAGCCUCCGAUCCUCAACCUAUCGCUCCCCAACCACAGCCUACCCCGACCCCCAGCCUUUGUACAUCUCCACCCGCCCCUACUCCUAGCCCCGCGUACGGCCUCCCCCUUACCCGAGCGGGAGCCGCCGCCGGCGGGGAGGAUCGGGCCGCCGCGGCUCCCACCCCUCCGCGGGAGCGCCCCCACCCCGUGGCGACGGCGGGGCGGCGCAGUCCCGCUCGUGCCCCGCCGCCCACCCAGCUCCUCACGGCGCAGGGAGGCGGGCGGCUGCGGCGGCCGUUUCCAGUCGCGCUCCAGCCCCCACGCGCGCCCAUCCCGCAGCGGGCGGCCCGGGGAGGCGCGCCGCCAUCCCCAAAGCCAUUGCGGGCGGGUGGUGGCCUGGACACCAACGCGCUCGCACCCCCGGGCCGGCGGGGGUGGGGUGUGGCCGGGGAAGGGGCUUCGCCACGUGCGGUCACCCGCCGCGGGUCGUUUCGCGGGCCUCCCUGGCCGGGGUGUAAUGGAGGGAGGCCUUGGGGGGGCGGGGGUGAGGAAGGCCCAGGGUAACAGGUGCCUCACCUCGGCUGAUGGAAUUAACUCUAGGGCCGCAGAGAGAGGGAGCCCGGCAGCAAAAUCCCAGGAGAGGGAGAGAGAGAGGGAGCCUCUGGCGGCCAACGAAGGGCGAAAAACUCGGAGCGGCCCGAGGCGAGGCCGCCCCACCCCCUCGGCGACGGGAUGGGAGCACUUGGAGCCUGGGAGUAGGCCUGCUCUUCCGGGGCCUGUCAGUUCUCAGGCGCUGAUGCAGUUUUAG